CGCAAUGGCCUCAAACCAUUCCCCUUACUCUCAGCGCCUCUCAGUUGUUGAUGAUCCACGGUCGCCAAUAACAUAUCUCAUCACGGACUGUCCUAACGAAAAGUCAUUGUUGGAGGAUUAUCUUCCACUGUUGCAAGCGCACGACUGCAGCAAUGUAGUGCGCUUGUGCGAUGGUGGGGCUUACAACGCCGAUCCUUUGCGUCAGCACGGCAUAACAGUUUGGGACUGGCCUUUUGAAGAUGGGUCGGUCCCACCUGAAGCGAUAAUAUCAGCCUAUCGUGACAUGCUUGACUCGUUAACAUCGUCCACAGCAACGUCAGACACGGAUGCGAAGCGCCGGGAUUCGGGACGAUCUGGGAAUGCUUCGUCUAUUGUCGGCAAAUCAAAGCCAGCGGUUGCAAUCCAUUGUAUCAGUGGAAUCGGACGAGCUCCGGUGUUGGUCGCAGCUGCCCUGAUAGAUUGUGGUGUCGAUCCAGUGGAAGCAGUGGAGCUUGUACGAGCGAAGCGGCGAGGAGCGCUAAAUAAGCGACAACUAGCCUGGCUUAUGGAUAAGAAGGGUGGCUUCAAACGAAAAAAGCGUGGCAAGGACGGUAAAGGGUCUAUAGGUAAAAUGUUUGCCGGCUUUUUGGGCAAGAAGGAUUGACUGCAUAGAGUACCGAACGCAAAACCGGAGGCCUCCCAUAAAAUAGAGGGGGCACGUACUGACAGACGUCAUGAUUAGAGUAGGCAAGGUGGCCCUAAUUGCGAUAUUAGUCCGAAGAACAACUCGUUGUUUUCACUUUUCAUUAGAUGUGUACUUGAAAUCAAACAAAUCAUUAUUAUACAAGAUGCAAAUCAUGUAGGCAGGGGAGCGGCUUUCAUGCCGAUCCAAUCUGUCCGUGGUCCUGCCGUCCCAUUCCACCCUAUCGACAAAACCCAAC